AUGAGCGAAUACUUCAGCCUUGCGGACUGCGACGUUAUCGGCUUCGACCUGGACCACACGCUCUGCCGCUACCAUCUGAAAGAGACCUCCAGGCUUAUCUACGAGAGCUUUGCAAGAUAUCUGGUGGAGCAUAAAGGAUAUGACAAAGACCUGCUGAAUCUAACUCCUGCUACCUGGGAUUUCUGUUUUAAAGGGCUAGUGGUGGAUCUGGAGGAUGGAAACCUUGUAAAGCUAGCGGAAGAUGGAACUGUCUUAAGAGCGACACAUGGAACCAGUGAUCUCAGCACAGAAGAAAUCAUCAAACAUUAUGGCCCCAAAAGAGAGUGGAAGCACUUUAACAGCCUCAGUACCUCCUUCACGAGAUCUUCAAAAUACUACUUCUAUGAUAACUACUUUGAUCUGCCUGGUGCCCUUCUUUGUGGACGAGUCGUUGACAUGUUGCACAAGCGAGGAAAUGAGGUGAAUUCUGACUUUUGGAAAGACAUGGUGGCUGCCAUUGACCACAAUUACAACACAUCUGCAUUCAGAGAUGAUGCAGGGACAUACUUCCCAAGUGUGAAGAGGGAUCCAGGCCAGUACCUGCAGCGUUGUUCUGACUCUGUCAAGACUUGGCUGCGCGGCAUGAAAAAUGCUGGCAAGGUUCUGCUCCUCAUCACCAGCUCCCAUAGCGACUACUGCAGGCUCAUCUGUGAACACAUCCUGGGGAAGGACUUUGAGGAACUAUUUGACAUCAUUAUCACAAAUGCCCUUAAGCCAGGAUUCUUCUCCUUGGUGCCCCAGCAGAGGCCCUUUAGAACCCUUGUGAACGAUGUGGAGGAGAGCGAGGGUCUGCCGUCGCUGGACAAGCCCGGCUGGUACUCCCAGGGCAAUUGGCCACACCUCCACGAGCUGCUCAAGAAAAUGACGGGGAAACCAGAGCCCAAGGUAGUUUAUUUCGGUGACAGCAUGAGAUCAGACAUGUUCCCUGCCAGCAGCUUUGGGAAGUGGGAGACAGUGAUGAUAGUGGAAGAAAUGGAGGGGGAGGGAGUCCCAAAGAGUGAAGCGGCAUUGUCCAAUGAGGCCCAAAUGGAGCCUCUGGAGAAGAAGGGAAAGUUUGAGGAGCAGGGCAUGAAGUCACCCUCUGCUGUGUCCAACCAGUGGGGCUCUUACUUUGUUGAUGUGCAUAAAAGUGGAGGAGGGGAUGAAGAGAGCCAGAAGCUGACCUGGUGCUGCCACUGCAUUCACAAAUACAGCACCAUGGCCAUCCCUAGUGUUGAGCACAUAGCAGAUCUCCCUCUGGAUUACAAGUUCCCCAGGUUUUCCCCUGGUAAGCCCUGCACCACCGGCUAUUACCCAAGACCCCCGGAUUCUUUGCUGAAGAGGUGUGAGAGUAUGUCAUAAAGAAAAAGAAAAGAAACGGAAAAAUAAAGUCCUCCCUUACCCUUUCUCAGGCGAGGAAUGUUCCUCCAUUUAUGCCCGUAGUUCCCCACCUGACCCCACCAUCAUCUAUGGAGCACAGAAAACAUCCACUUUUCAUAGUUUCAGAGAAACCAUGUGAAUGUAAGCCACAGUAUCUCUGUAAUAAUGCAUACAUUAGAACAUUGUUUUGUGAUUUAGUGUACGUGGAAAUACGACAAACUAAGUGUGUGAGCGUGUGUGUAUCUACAUUCAUUAAUGAUACGGUGUUCUUAUUGUUUUAUGUGUGUGAGGCCUUCUCUUUUUUUCCUUGGUAAAUUGUUUCAAAAUCUGAAGAAAUCAAAUGUUCUGCCCUCUUUUUCCUGAAGUUAUUACCUCAAAAAUGUGAUUGACUGUAAGCAAAACAGGAGUACCUAUCCCUAAAGAUCUGUCGGAAAUAUUGUGUGAGUAUUUCUGUACAACAGUAUUAUUGUGUAGUCCUCUCUUCUGGAUAUGGUUUCACUGUAUGCAUUUUAGUAACCUUAACACGAGAUUUAAGGUCUGUUGUUCCUACUGUGUCAGUUUAGUGGAAGAUGUUACUCUUCAGGUCAUUGUUGCUAAAGAACUAGCACAAUACUGUCCUUUGUGAUGGUUGUUUCAACAAAAAACAAAAAAACAAAAAAAAUCAUAACUUGGGGAAACAAUAAUAAUAUGACUGAUGAAGACUAUGCUAGAUGUUCUUUGUAUUACUUUUGGUGCAACAGUGAAAUGUGGUCUUUGGGUGUAAAAACGUAGACUUCUACUUGUGCUUCAUUUGUAUUCAGAUUGAGGUAUGCUUUAACCGACUUCUGAAUGGUUAUUUUGUCGGUGUGCAUAGACAGGUUGUGCCAUAAUAUUUAAGGAACACUCAGUUUGGGAAGAGUCCACAAAGUCACAGAAGAUUGGUAUCAGGUUUAUCUUUGUGCAUCCAGGAAGUGUUUAGCAUAACUUACUACCAAGUACCCCUGGUGCACAGUGAAGACCUUUAGUUGUUUGCAGGGAUUGCAGUAAGCAAGACCCCGUGAACCUAAUUUUGCCAGGGCUAAACUCUGUUCAGUAGAAUUUAUGCUGGGAUCAGACCACUGAUACAUGAAAAUAGCCAAACUAGAAUGAUCUUGAAUGUCUCACAAUACUCCAGCAGAAGUACUUCUCACCUCUUCUGUGAUGCUGACCCAUAGCCCAAAGCACUCUUCCAAAUGUAACAAUGUGAAAAACAAGAUGAAACAUAGACAACCCAUGCUUUUCUUUGGCUAUGAUCUGUGAACUUACUUUUUUCUUUUGUUAGCCUUUGAUCCAUGCCAGUUAUUUGUUUCUGUUCUGGUGCAUGUUAAAGGGUCUCCAUUGAAGGGGAUAAAAGCCAAAUGUGAAUAAGCUACAGUUUGUGAACACUUAGAUUGCUCGUGGUACCUUUGCACAUGACUUUUCUAUCUAUCGUGCCAAAUCCAGAAUUCUUCCAUGUCUUCUAUCAGAUGAUUUAGCGUCAUCUAUUCAGUACAGUUCACUCUGUUUGGGUUAAUCGUUGGCACAAUUAGGGUAGUUAUCAUUGCUAUAAGGAAGGCAGUAGAAUGGCAUGGAAUUCAUGAGGUAGGCCUACUAUGUGAAUCUCAAUUCCUUAGGUUUUGUGCCAAAAA